AUGAACUACCCAUCACCACGAACACCUGGAUCGACUCCGAUCCACGAGUGGGAAUAUACACGAAUGUCAUCCGCCACUCCAACCCCAUCACCGCGGCCAAGCUGGCUCGAGACGACGCCUCGACGCCCGGCAACGCGUGCAGCUCACAGCCGGGCCAGCAGCUAUUCUCAGGCCGGCGCAUCUACGCCUCGGGCUCCAGUAGAUUCGCCCCGAUACAACAGCUCCGGCCAGUAUGCCACGGUUGAUGUGAGUCCCAAAUAUUUUUCGUCGUCGCGCGGGCCCUCCGGGUCGUUUCAAAUUCCUGCCUGGCACGACCGCCGAUUCUCUCACACCUAUGUCCGGGCUACAACUCCGUUUGGAGAAUCCGACGAGGACGAGAUCUUCGAGGCUUCGGGGCGCACCUAUGUGUUGCUUGCCGAGUCUCGAACAAAGGGUCGCAGGAAUUCGCAUCAUGUUCAUGAUUAUGAAGGGAUACGGUACACUAAUCACGACGACUACCCACAGGGUACCGCCGCUUACUACGCCGACUACAGCCGUGAUGCCUACGACUCACCGCAGUCGCACAUCCCCCCUACACAUGUCCGACCUCCCACCAGCCACGGCCACGCCCGCCGCUCGUCAGCGGCCAAUGUUCCCCAAAGACCAUCCACCGUCCGUCCAUCGACUCAGGCCUACCGCACAAAGGCGGCUGCUGCCGCCGCGACGACACCCAAGGCUACCGAAGCUGAUGCUCGAAAGCACCGGAUUCCCACGGGCUACUCCCUCAAGAACUGGGACCCCUCAGAGGAGCCCAUUCUGCUCCUCGGCAGCGUCUUUGACGCCAACAGCCUGGGCAAGUGGAUCUACGACUGGACCGUCUACCGAGCGGGUGCCAACUCUCCCAUUGCCGACAUGGCGGGCGAGCUCUGGCUCUUGCUGAUUCAGCUCUCUGGCAAGGUCAAGCGUGCGGAGGACAUCGUUGGCCGCGUUCGCAGCACCGAAAACCGAGAGAUUAUGACCGACUUUAUUGACGCCGGCGAGCGUCUCACAGAGAAGCUUCGCGGAUUGCUCAAGGCCUGCGAGGCUCCUAUGCUCAAGGCUGCGAAGAAGAAGCAGUCGGGUCUGGGCAAGAACUCUGGCGUUGAGUUCGUGGACACCCUCUUCGGUCGCGACCGAGAGCUUGCCAAGACCGAGAAGUUUAUGCAGAGCGUGAGACUCUUCAGCCUCAGAUUCGAUGCCAACUGUGAGGGCAUUCUGCAAAACCCAUCUUCCUAA